CCUCAUCAUGGGUUGAACUAGCUCUGACAUUCACCAUAAUUAUUCAUUGCUGAAUCGUAUAGUCAGGAUCUAAAAUGUUGAGAGGGAUUAGUAGUUGUUUGUAUGCAAUUUGUUAUUAGUUCCUAGAAAUCUUGGGUCUUCUUUCUUUUCCUUUUUUUCCCUCUCGUCUCGUAGCAGAAAGACUAUGAGAAAAAAGGCACGGAAAUAACAACAAAUUACGAUUUGAACCAGAUAAACUGCGACAACAGUCCAAAUCCAAACUAUGCGAUUCUGGUCACACUUCAGUUCACUCCACCUUCCCAACUCCCGCCGUAGCAUCUCUCCCUUAUUAUUCCUCUCCGUCUCCACCAAUCUCCGCCGCACGAUGGCGGCCUCAGCCUCCGAACUCGCUAAUCCGUCUAAUACCCGGCUGGGUUGGAUCGGGACCGGCGUAAUGGGUCUCUCCAUGUGCUCCCAUUUACUCAAGGCCGGCUACAGCCUCACCGUCUUCACUCGGACCGCCUCCAAAGCUCAGCCUCUCCUUUCCAUGGGAGCUAACUGGGCUGACUCCCCCAAAUCCGUCGCCUCCCAAUCCGACGUCGUUUUCUCCAUCGUCGGUUACCCAUCCGAUGUGCGCCACGUCAUCCUCCACCCCACCACCGGUGCUCUAUCGGGCCUCCGACCCGGCGGCGUCGUCGUUGAUAUGACCACGUCUGACCCUUCACUCGCAGUCGAAAUUCAUUCUGCUGCCACGUCCGCCGGCUGCUCCGCCGUUGACGCUCCAGUCUCCGGUGGCGAUCGUGGGGCCCGUAACGCUGCGCUUUCUAUCUUCGCCGGAGGGGAUGAAGCUAUUGUCCAGAAAUUGGGUCCCAUCUUUGGCCUUCUGGGGAAAGUUUAUUACAUGGGUGCUCCUGGAAAAGGGCAAUUCACGAAAUUAGCUAAUCAAAUCACCAUCGCUUCGACGAUGGUGGGGCUUUGUGAAGGUUUGGUGUACGCCCACAAGGCUGGUUUGGACUUGAACUUAUAUUUGGAUGCUAUAUCUACAGGUGCGGCGGGGUCCAAAUCGCUCGACUUGUACGGGAGUAGGAUCUUGAAGAGGGAUUUUGCGGCCGGUUUUUAUGUGAAUCAUUUUGUAAAGGAUUUGGGAAUAUGUUUGAGGGAAUGUCAGAAUAUGAAUUUGGCUCUUCCAGGGUUGGCAUUAGCUCAGCAGCUCUACGUUUCGCUCAAGGCUUAUGGAGAAGGUGAUUUGGGUACCCAGGCUCUUAUCUUGGCAAUUGAAAGGCUCAACAAUGUAGCCCUCGAGUCGGGUGUGGUUGCUUCAGGGGGGAAAUCAUGAACGCAUGCGGUUAAAAUGUGAUCUUUGUAGUGGAAAUGGCAAGGGUUCUGUUGCCUAUUGUUGUAUACUUGAAAUCUACUUGACUACUUCAAGGAUAUGUUCUGGUGCGUGAAUAUGAACUAUAUUGAUGCGAGAAAGGGUUAUAUUACAGAUGUAGGCCGGAUUCAGAACUUGAUAUAUGAUGCUGGUUGCAAACGAGAAAAAAUUUGAAGAUCUCUUGUUUGUAUAGAAUCAUUUGCUGUCUCAGUUUGUGGUGGUGUUAGAGUUUGUUAAAGGAUUGUGGUUAGCAUUUCUUGAACUUUUGAAUGCAGACGAAGCAUAUAGAUGAGAGUGAUUACACUUGGUUGAAGAUGGACCUGUAAUCUCAUAGUGGGUGGACUGAGCUUAAAUCCUCUUCCUUCAUACGCCAAUUUCCUGUUUAUUGGAUGGUUUAAUCUUCACAGAUAGAAGUUAGAACUAUGCAUCUUCUCUUUCACUGUCUAAAUUUGACCUUCUGAUGCACUCACUAUGCAGAUUUAGUCAUCUCUCAUCUGCAUUGCGUAGUUCUAGCUCUUUUAAGUUAGUGUGUUAGUCAGCUGUGAAGGGUACCGGGACAAUUUGUUGGACAAUGUGAAUCAGUGUUAACCUUUAGAAGAUUCUACUUGAAGGAAACAAAUUGCUGACUGAGUAAUGCUGCUUCCAAACUUAAAAGCAACGAACACCAGAGUGUGAACUGGAUUGAUACGAGAGGCUGCAAUUAGCUUGCAACAUAAUCACGCCAUCGAUGAACUAGACGUCUUAUUUUUGCAUCUAGAAACCUGGUUUCGGGAAACAGUUAGGUAACUGGAGGUAUCCAACAGAGAACGGAGAAGGAAAUAUGCAAUGAUAUGGAAAAAUACUCUUUUUUUUUUAUUUGUGUGGCGAGCAAAAAUGAAGGGUGGGUUUAGUUGAGGUCAAAGUCGUCGACU